UGGGCCGGGCCCAAGCAACAUGCUAGCCCCUGGAUUCGCUCUGACCAUCGCCGUCGCCGUUGUCGGCUGCUGCCUGCUGCCGGCCGGCCACUCGGCCCCCUCCGGUGGGAUCGACGGGCGUAUAGUGGGCGGCGAAGAUGCCGCCCUGGGCCAGUUUCCGCACCAGGUGUCGCUGCGCAACGCCGGCUCCCACAGCUGCGGGGGCUCCAUUCUGUCGCGCAACUACAUCCUGACGGCUGCCCACUGCGUGACCAACGAUGCGGACGAGAACGGUGUCCAUACCCCGAUCGCGGCCAGCCGCUUCACGAUCCGUGCGGGCACCAACGAUCGCUUCAGUGGCGGCGUCCUCCUCCAGGUGGCGGAGGUCAUCGUGCACGAGAACUACGGCGACUUCCUCAACGACAUAGCCCUGCUGCGCCUGGAGUCGCCGCUCUUCUACUCGAACAACAUCAAGGCCAUCGCCCUGCCCACGGCCAACACGCCCGCCGGGGCGGACAUCAUCAUCUCCGGCUGGGGUCGGAUCAAGCACCAGGGGGAUCUGCCCCGUUACCUGCAGUACAACACCGUCAAGUCCAUCUCCGUCGAGGAGUGCGGCGAACUGAUCGACUUCGGGGUGGAGAGCGAGCUGUGCCUCCUCCAUCCGGCCGACAACGGAGCCUGCAAUGGCGACUCCGGGGGUCCGGCCGUCUACAACGAUCAGGUUGUGGGCAUUGCUGGCUUCGUGUACGGCAGCUGCGGCAGCACCUAUCCCGACGGCUAUGCCAGGGUCCAUUACUUCAACGACUGGAUCAGGCAGCACUUGGAUGUCUAAAGUGUAGACAAAAAAUAAAAAGAAAUCCCUGAAAACUGUGCAAGACAA